CCCAUACAGUUCCAUCAUGACCUACAAUCUUACUUCUGGUUGGCCUACCUCAUUACCUGCAACUGUGCAGGUCCAUUCAACAUGUGUCAUGACUGGGAUAGGGAAAUGAAGCUUUUUAAUCUGUCCAAAUCUAUUAAACCUUUGGACAUCCAACACAUGGCUGAGAUUAAGACUUACAGAAUGUCUAGAUAG